AAAAAAAAAAGAAAAAGAAAAAGAAAACGACAGAGAGAGAGAGAGAAAAGAUGAUGAGGCACGACUCCACUCUUGAAUGGAGCCGCUGCAACUAAUCCAUCAAUCGAUCUCCUGCUUAUCAACCGAUGACGAUGGCGGAGUUACGCCUAUGAUGACAUUCUCCUCUUUUCUCCUCAGCACUACUCCGAGUCCUUUCUUCUUUUUCCCUCGUCGUUGCCAUACAUCCGAUGCUUCUGUUUUUUUUUUAUUUCCUUUUUUCUUCGGGAUAGUAUUCUAUGACCACGCACGAUUCUGGACGGUUCCUAAGAACCUAUCCGGAGCAGCCGAACUACUUCUAUACUAUUCAAUAUAUAUCCCGUCCCUCCCCAUCCACCCGAUUAUUCCUGCUCAGCUCUAAGCCACAGCGCCACUCGCAUUGACUCCUUGAACGAUGCUUCUUCGAUCCAGUAUUGUAUUGCUGGUCUUGGGCACAGAUUCAUAGUUACUAUUUGGAUUACUUUAUUUAAUACCCGUCCAUUUCUGAUUUUCCUUUUCUCCACUUCCCUUUUUUUUUUUUUUUUU